UGGGGUUUAGAUUUCACUGCUCAUCAAAUACUCGUCAGUCACCAAUGCUUUGAUUUCCACCUAGAGAGGCGUCAUUUCGAAAUUCCAAAAGCUACGGAGAUCGGACUCCAUUUCUCGCGAAUUCUAAAGCGAUUGAUUCCCAGGGUUACUUUUACUGGAGCUAUGCAGAAUCUGCACCGUCUCGUAUCCCGAAUUUCCUCGACUUCAAUCUUCACAAGCACGAAUGCAAGGUUGCUGAGGGAGAAGGGCAGAGCAGGUUCGGGAAGCAACGGUGUCGAAGCUUGUAAGGUUGUCAGUGCCCGGCUGUUUUCGUUCCAGUCGGGCGGCGAUGGUGGAAAUGAGGGUGGGGAUGGCUGGGAUAAGCCGGCCGGUGGUAUGUUUAGCGGUAAUGGAUCGGAUAAUUUGGGGUGGGAUACUACAUCGACGUGGUCGCUAGGACUGAGUCAGGAGCUGGCAGGGCUACGGGUGAAAAGAGAGGAGACUCCCGAGUCUCCUGUCAGCGAGGAGUUGCGAGAGAUUGAGAAGAAGAUAAAGAAAUUGGAGGCAGAGAAUGGGAGAAGUAAGAGGUUUAUUGAUGGAUGGGGAGAUAGAUUGAAAGAGUUAAGUGUGCUGAUGAAGCAGCUGCGCGAGCCUGGUGCAAGGGGGUGUCAUCUCAAGGACUCGGAGAAGGCUGAGAUGUAUCGAUUGCACAAGGAAAACCCUGAUGUUUACACUGUUGAGCGCCUGGCUAAGGAUUAUAGGAUUAUGAGGCAGAGGGUGCAUGCUAUUCUUUGGCUGAAGGAGCUUCAGGAGGAAGAGGAGAAGAAGCUCGGUCGCCCAUUAGAUGAUUCGGUUGAGCUCCUGCUUGACAGCUAUCCUGAAUUUUUCAGUUCCCAUGACCGUGAAUUCCAUGUUGCUUCGCUUCCCUACAAACCUGACUUCAAGGUUAUGCCAGAGGGUUGGGAUGGUACCACCAGAGAUCUGGAUGAAGUCCACUACGAGAUCUCCAAGAGGGAAGAUGAGAUGCUGUAUCAAGAAUUUGUUCAGAGGAUGAACUUCAACAAAAUGAAAAUGAGAGGAGAGGUUUUCCGCCACAAGUAUAGCCGUCGUCGUUCUGCAGAUGGGUGGAAUUUUACAGUGGAGAAAAUGGGACCCAAAGGAAAGCGUGGAAGUGGUGGUGGCUGGAAGUUUGUCAGCCUGCCAGAUGGUUCUAGCCGACCACUGAAUGAAAUGGAGAAAAUGUAUGUCAAACGAGAAACUCCACGCCAUCGACGCAAGAUUCAUCCAGUAAUGACAAAGCCUUAAUUACUUGGUAGAUGUUUACUAUGAAGACAAUUUUGUAGUUCAUGCAAACCUUAUGGUGGUCGUAUGUGGUUCAAUGGCAAUGAUAGCAUCAUUGUCACCGCCAGUGUCAAUUGUAUACCUUUCUUUCAGUACCUUUUUAAACACUGUUUCUUUUGCUUAGGAUUGUAGUUGAGCUAAGCAAGAAGCUCUUCUUUUUCCAUCUCAAAUGACACGGUCUGUGGAUUUUAGCUAAUAAUAUGUUUGGAUCAUCAAUUCUAGUUACAUGAUCUACUUCAAUUUCAA